CCCUCCCCACCCCAGCAAGGACUGCCUGGCCCCUUGGCCGCAGGGAUGCUUCCAGUCUGAGGAUGGGACAGCGCCGAGCCCGGAGGUUUCCAGCCACACGUGAAAGGCUGGAGGCACAGACACGGGGGUGCAAAUCACCCUACCACCCCCACAUCCGUGAAAGACAGAGACGCUGCUAAUUGAUUUUUCAACCCUUAAUUUAAUACUCUAUCUACCGAUCUAUCUUGUCCUCCGGCUCAGAUGCUUUGCCCUCUCCUUGCCCUGCCCUAGCAGAUCAGGGAGUCUGUCCCUAAAGUCGUGGCACAAGAUUCCAUGGGUUGGGAUGUGGAUGCUGAGGGGUUUCUGAGUGCCCAAGGCCUGGCUGUGUGGGCUGAGAAAAACCCCCUCCCCUUUUUUCUGCCUGCAGCAAGGGGCUCCUGAAAUCCCUCCUUGGAAACAAGAGUGGUUUGGGAGGGAAAUGUGAUAGGGGAGCUGAUGGUGCCCUUUGCCAGCCGGCAUUAAAAAUUCAUGUGCGUGAUGGGCUCUUCCAAAUAAGUCCAGGAAGGAUGAGUUCCUCCCUCCCUGGACAAGCUGGCAGAGCACUCCGGCUGCCUCCCCGCUCAGGUGGCACCAGGGCCCCGGUGUCUGUGCCUGGGGACAGGCUCUGCUCCCUCGGGCGUGGGAUGCAGUUUGGGGUGAGGGACACCGGCUGUCUGGAAAGCUGCGUGUCCCACAGGAUGGCGGGGCUGGGCUGGCAUGUGCUGGGGGCUGACCUGGAGGGCAGGGAGCCAGGAAACCUGGUGGGAAGGGGUGUGGAGUCCUGCACGGGGAGGGAUGCUGGGUGGGAUGUGCGGCGCCCCAGCCAUGAGGUACGCGGGACAAUCUGGGCAGGGAAGGAUGGAGGGAGGCGUGCAAGGUGCCCAGGUGCCAAAGUGGGGGUACCCAGUAGGGGAGUGCUGAGGGUAACACAAACUGGAACGUGGGGUGAGGAGAGAGGUGGGAUGCUGAGUUCCCGAGGCGGGAGGAAUGGGAUGCAGAGCUCCCGGGGGGGCCAGGCCGGGAUGCUGAGGCGCUGCCGGGGAUGCUGAGCCGAUGCCGGGGAUGCUGAGCUGCCGGGGGCCGGGCCGGGCGGGCCGAGGGGCGGCUCCACGUGGCUCAUUAGCGGGAGGCAAUUCAAUAUUUAUGAAGUGCUCUUGUUUGAAUCCCAAGUCUUCGGCUCCAGUUACAAGGAGCUGCGUCACCCUGCGAUCACAUGGUAAUUGUUGCUAUUUCCAGGAUCCCAGCCUCGCAGAGUGGCACAAGAGCUCUUUCCCCUUUUCUCGUCCUUUUUCCCCCGCCGCCUUUUCCCUCGUUGGCCGCUGUUUUCGGGGCGGUUUCUGCCGGCCCCUGGGCCGGCUGGGCUGGGCGGGGGGCGAUGCCGGGGCCGCUGCCCUGAGCCGGGCGGGCGCAGCCGCUCCCCUGCCCCGGGAGCCGCUCCAUGCGAGCGGGACCGGCCCGGCAGCCCCAAAAUGACCGAGCUGGAAGGGGACUUCACCAAGCUGCUGCUGCUGAAGGAGGAGCGGAUCAAGGAGCUGGAGCGGCGCCUGGGGGAGAAGGACGAGGAGAUCCAGGAGCUGCGGCGGCGGCUGCACAAAUGCCAGUCCGUGCUGCCGGCCCCCAGCCCGCACAUCGGGCCCCGCACCACCCGGGCGCAGGGCAUCUCGGCCGAGCCGCAGACCUACCGCUCCUUCCACGACCUCCGCCAGGCUUUCCGCAAGUUCACCAAGGCCGAGAGGUCCAAGGAGCUAAUAAAGGAAGCGAUCCUUGACAAUGACUUCAUGAAGAACCUGGAAUUGUCCCAGAUCCAGGAGAUUGUGGAUUGUAUGUACCCCGUGGAGUAUGGCAAGGACAGCUGCAUCAUCAAGGAGGGAGAUGUGGGUUCCCUGGUCUAUGUCAUGGAAGUGAUCUUUUUAGGAAGAAUCCUGCAAAUGAAAAUUCUGAGAAGGAGAUGAUUAGAUUUUCAAACAGCAAAUAAUUAACUUGAAAUCUGAGAGCAGAUAAAAUAUAAGGUUCUGCUCUGGCCCUCACUUGCAGUAGCCCAGGGCGGUGGUGGAAUCUCCAUCCUUGGAAGGGUUCAAAAAUUGUUCCUAUUCCCAGUGCCUCUGUCCCAGGCCUGCUUAA